GAGAGAGAGAGAGAGAGAGAGGAAAGUUUGAAGUUGGCUGGUUGCAGUGGGUGAACGAAUAUAGUUUUUUUUCAGGAGGAAGUGAAUAUAAGGAAUUGCUUGCUAUUUCUUUCUCCAUCAGAAGGAUAUAACCAGAUAACCAGAUAAGAAAGAGAACGAAAAAGAAAGAGGGAAAUAAAGUGUAAACGUUUUGAUGGAUUUGUUUCCCUUAGGUCAAACUGCACCUAUUUCUUAACAGAAGUUGACUUCGAACCGGAUAACAGUUAUCGGGACAAACCAGUUCCAGUCUCUACCGUGUGCGCGCAUGAUAUCAUUACCCCAUCAACCGGGUCACUGCGCGCUCCCAGACAUGGACGCAGGUCCUCUCAGCAGCGGAUAAGCACACGCGCUGUACCCGCGCAGUCUCGAGCCCCCUAAGCACGGGUGUGUGUGAGCCCCGUGGAGCUAAACGGUGGAGCCGGUACAGGAGGUAUCGGAGCCAACCGCACUGGACAGUUCCCGGUUUACCGAGAAAGACUUUGAGCAACGAGAUGGACCGAAUAUGGAGCUCAACGCCCGGGGCAUCGCCUCCCCUCCUCCUUCUCCUCUCCCUCCUCUCCAUCACUGUUUUUCACGAGGCGACAGCGGCACAGGCAGCCAAUCCGGUGGACGUGCUGAGGAUCCUGGACCUAUCAGAGGACAUGGAGGGUGUGUCUCUGGAGGCGGGGCUCUGCACCAGUAGAGAGGGAAGAGAAGAGACGGACAUCUCCUUCAAGAUCAACAAGAAGAUCCAACUCAGUGUCCCUACAAAACAGCUGUUCCCAGAAGGGGGGUUCCCAGUGGACUUCUCUGUCCUGGCUACGGUACGUGCCCGGCGGGGUGCCCAGGUGUUUUUGCUGUCCCUGUACGACCCUCAGGGUACCCAGCAGCUGGGGUUAGAGGUCGGGAGGUCCCCUGUCUUCCUGUAUGAAGACCAGCAAGGCCUGCCUCCUCCUGAACUAUACCCGACCUUCAGGAAGAUCAACCUGGCUGACGGCAAAUGGCACAGGGUAGCGUACAGUGUGGAGGGUCAGUCAGUGACUCUGUAUCUGGACUGUGAGAAGGUGGAGAGUCUGGAGCUCCAGAGAGGUCUGAACCCAGAGGUCAGCACUGAAGGGGUCACUGUGUUCGGGACACGGCUACUGGAUGACCAGGUCUUCGAGGGAGAAAUCCAACAAUUGUUGAUCGUAGCCGACCCCAGAGCUGCAGAGACCUACUGUCAAGACUACAUUCCCGACUGCCACGCCCCUUUACCCUACGACAGCCUAUCACAAGAGACUGAGGAGGAGACAAAGCCCGCCAGGAGAGUGAAGGUGGAGGAGUUUGAUGAGUUUGACUACAGUGACCUAUACGACGACCUCUCUGUCUCCACGGUUACCGUGAGACCUAACAUCACAGAGUAUGAGAUUGUAGAGUACGAAGACUACGACAACGAAACAGAUGAGUACGAGGUCAGAGAGUAUGAAUACGAGGAGGAAUUUGAAGAUCGAUACGGAUUGGCCGAGAGGGAGAGGGCGGAGUCCUGGAACGGACAGGAAAGAAUAGAGAAAGGAGAGAAAGGAGAACAAUCCUACUUUGGAGCAAGCACCUUAAUCACAGGCCCCGGGGGUCUUCCAGGACCAGAGGGAGAACAAGGACCCCAGGGGCCCACAGGACUGGUAGGACCUCAAGGAGACCUAGGAGAACUGGGUCCUCCAGGCCGGCCGGGUCUCAACGGGGCUGAUGGGAUACCAGGUCCUCCAGGGAACAUCCUUGUUGUUCAGUUCCAGGCAGGUGGAGUCCAACUAACAGGACCAGUGAUAUCAGCCCAGGAGGCUCAAGCCCAGGCCAUCCUACAACAGACCAAGUUGUCUAUGAAGGGACCACCUGGACCACUAGGCCUUAUGGGACGUCCUGGACCGCUGGUGAGGAUACAUCUCCAUGUCCUGCUGGUGUUAGCACGUAACUCGGGUCCGUCGGGGCUGAAGGGAGUAGCCGGGGAGAUGGGACCAGCGAUUGUAGAGUACGACGACUACGACAACGAAACAGAUGAGUACGAGGUCAGAGAGUAUGAAUACGAGGAGGAAUUUGAAGAUCGAUACGGAUUGGCCGAGAGGGAGAGGGCGGAGUCUGGAACGGACAGGUACAUCUACAAAUGCAAGUCUGAAAGAAUAGAGAAAGGAGAGAAAGGAGAACAAUCCUACUUUGGAGCAAGCACCUUAAUCACAGGCCCCGGGGGUCUUCCAGGACCAGAGGGAGAACAAGGACCCCAGGGGCCCACAGGACUGGUAGGACCUCAAGGAGACCUAGGAGAACUGGGUCCUCCAGGCCGGCCGGGUCUCAACGGGGCUGAUGGGAUACCAGGUCCUCCAGGGAACAUCCUUGUUGUUCAGUUCCAGGCAGGUGGAGUCCAACUAACAGGACCAGUGAUAUCAGCCCAGGAGGCUCAAGCCCAGGCCAUCCUACAACAGACCAAGUUGUCUAUGAAGGGACCACCUGGACCACUAGGCCUUAUGGGACGUCCUGGACCGCUGGGUAACUCGGGUCCGUCGGGGCUGAAGGGAGUAGCCGGGGAGAUGGGACCAGCGGGUUCUAGAGGUAUUAUGGGCCAAGCAGGGAUGAAUGGAAAGUCAGGGAAGAGGGGUCGAGCUGGGACGGAUGGGAACAGAGGUGCUCCGGGUGAGACCGGUGGGAAGGGUGACAGGGGAUUUGAUGGCUUGCCAGGUCUCCCAGGACACAAGGGACACAGGGGGGAGAUAGGAAAACCAGGCCCCCACGGUACUCUUGGGCUGUCAGGGAGAGAGGGUAAGACAUUUGGUUCAGAAGGACAACCAGGACCAAGAGGACAGCCAGGUGAUGCUGGUUCCAGAGGGUUGAACGGACCCAGAGGUCACACUGGCCCUACAGGUCAGCCUGGAAUCCGAGGAGUGGAUGGAAUCCAAGGUUCUAAGGGAAACUUGGGACCUCCGGGGGAGAUGGGAGCAUCCGGGCAGCAAGGAAACCCUGGGUUGCAGGGGUUUCCUGGUCCUCAGGGUCUGGUGGGCUUGCCAGGACUUAAGGGGCCCCAAGGGAAGAAAGGGUUGCAGGGACUACCUGGGAAUGAUGGACCUACCGGUCACCCAGGGAGAGAGGGGACUCCAGGAGAGAAGGGACUACCGGGCCCACCAGGAGUCCAGGGGCCUAUAGGAUAUCCAGGAUCAAGAGGAGUGAAGGGAGCGGACGGAAUUAGAGGAAUGAAGGGAAGCAAAGGGGAGAAGGGUGAGGAUGGGUUCCCCGGCUCUAAGGGAGAGAUGGGGCUGAAAGGUGACGGGGGUGACAACGGUGUCCCAGGGUCCAGGGGAGAGGAUGGUCCUGAAGGACCUAAAGGACAGGCUGGACCCCUGGGGGAGGCUGGAGCCGUGGGCAUCGCUGGAGAAAAGGGUAAACUGGGAGUUCCAGGGUUACCGGGGUAUCCUGGACAAAAAGGACCGAAGGGUUCGGAUGGUUUUCCUGGAUCUAUUGGAGUUUUGGGAGAGAAGGGGAAGAGGGGUCCCGGGGGGGAAGCAGGCAGUGCAGGACAGAGGGGUCCUAACGGGGUGCGUGGGGGCCGGGGUGCCAAGGGACCAACGGGGAAGACAGGGGGAAAGGGCUCCUCUGGACAUGAUGGACCCAAUGGACCAACUGGAGACAGGGGGCCUCAAGGGCCACAAGGACGGAACGGGGAAUCAGGACCCAAGGGACCGAACGGUCCAGCGGGGAAAGAUGGACUUCCGGGUCAUCCAGGUCAGAGAGGAGAGCCGGGUUUCCAAGGAAAGACGGGACCCCCAGGUCCAGGAGGUGUUGUGGGGCCACAGGGUAAAUCAGGUGAGACCGGGUCGUUGGGAGACAGAGGUCACCCCGGGUCACCUGGCGUACCGGGAGAGCAGGGCUUACCUGGCGCCGCCGGGAAGGAGGGAGCUAAGGGGGACCCGGGCACAGGAGGGACUUCUGGGAAAGCUGGUCCUCCAGGACUUAGGGGCUUCAGAGGCAGCAGAGGGGCCGCCGGGGGCAUGGGUCCUGCUGGUCUGAAAGGAGGUGAAGGACCAGUCGGAGCAGCAGGAGCUAUAGGGGCCGGUGGUGAGAGGGGUCCCCCAGGGUCAGCCGGUGCCAUUGGUCAGCCUGGGAGGGCAGGGGCUGUGGGUGGACCUGGACCAAUGGGAGAGAAGGGGGAACCGGGAGGGGCGGGUCCCAUUGGACCAUCAGGACAGGAUGGAGACCAGGGACCUCUAGGACUACCUGGAGCUGCAGGCCCUGCAGGACCCCCAGGAGAGGAUGGGGAUAAGGGAGAGACUGGAGGACCAGGGCAGAAGGGCAGCAAAGGAGACAAAGGAGAAUCAGGCCCCUCAGGACCAACCGGUGGCCAGGGGCCGAUGGGGCAGUCAGGAGUUCCUGGUGUGGAUGGGGAGUCAGGUCCCAGGGGCCAGCAGGGAAUGUACGGGGCCAAGGGUGAUGAGGGUCUCCGGGGCUUCAAGGGCUCCAAAGGACCCAUCGGACUACAGGGGAUGCCUGGUCUACCGGGGGAGAAGGGGGAGAGCGGACACAUCGGCUUGAUGGGUCGUCCAGGUCAGUUUGGUCCCAGGGGUCCACAAGGGCCUAGUGGGGGACAGGGUGCUCUGGGCAGACCAGGUGGGGCUGGACAACCAGGGGUAAAUGGAGAAAAGGGGGAGGAUGGAGAAUCGGGAGACCCAGGAUCCGUUGGUGUAUCAGGAGGGCAACUCAUGAAGACGUGGCUAAAGGGGGAUAUAGGUGACCAGGGGGAGAAGGGAGACUCAGGUCUCUCUGGAGCAGCAGGGCCCCCAGGAGCCAGAGGCCCCCCAGGAGAGGAUGGGUCCAAGGGAAACUCUGGGUCCGAUUGGUUUUCCCAGGAGACUCAGGACAGCCAGGGGAGGGCAGGACCCAACGGGAGGAUGGAGGUCCCUGGAUCCAAGGGAGAUGGUGGAGAUCCAGGGAAAUCAGGUCCACCAGGAGCAUCAGGGGAACCCGGGCCCUCAGGACCACCAGGACGCAGGGGUCACCUGGGUAAAGAAGGGAAGCAGGGGAAAGCGGGGAUGAAAGGAGGGAAGGGAUCUCCAGGGUUGGAGGGUCUCCUGGGGAAGACAGGACCGGUGGGAGCCCAGGGACAUUCUGGUAAACCAGGUCCUAGUGGUCUCAGAGGGAUCCCUGGCCCAGCGGGGGAACAAGGUUUAAAUGGACCACCAGGCGUAACAGGACCACCAGGACCCAUGGGUCCUCCAGGACUACCGGGGUUGAAGGGAGAUCCAGGCAGGAAGGGAGACAAGGGUCAUGGAGGUCUGAUUGGGCUGAUUGGCCCUCCAGGAGAGUUUGGAGAGAAGGGAGACAGAGGAUUUCCAGGGAACCAGGGUCUACUGGGACCCAAAGGAGACGAGGGUCUGGUUGGUCUAGCAGGUCCUAAUGGUCCUCCAGGUCUACCUGGUCUCUCUGGUAGAGUAGGACAGAAGGGUUCUAAAGGGAAUCAGGGUCCCAUUGGUGCUAUCGGAGAUACAGGUCCUGCUGGCCCUCCUGGACCUCCUGGUCUCCCUGCGGUGGGUCUUCAGUCUCUCCCGGUGCAGGAGAGAGGAAGGAGGAGGAGGCAACACUCUUCCUUUGACGGGGCCGCUCUGGAAGACGAGGAAGAGCAAGAGGGGAUGGAGGGAAGGGAGGAGGGGGAGGAGGAGAGGAUGCAGGCAGACCAGGCAGGGCAGGAGGAGGAGAAAGAGAUGGAGGAGGUGUUUGCUUCUCUCUCUUCUAUGAGGACGGAGGUAGAGGGUCUGAACCCCCUGGGGACCUACCAGUAUCCAGCCCGAACCUGCAAGGAGCUACAGCUGUUGUUCCCAAAGUACACUGAUGGUGAGUACUGGAUAGACCCUAACCAGGGUUGCCAUAGAGACUCCUUCAAGGUGUUCUGUAACUUCACGGCCGAUGGAGAGACAUGUCUGUACCCUGACAUGAAGUCCCAGUCGGUGAAGCUGAGUUCCUGGAAAGGAGAGAAACCUGGUACCUGGUACAGCCAGUUCAGGAAAGGAAAGCAGUUCUCCUAUUCCGAUUCAGAUGGCAGUCCGGUCCAUGUAGUCCAGUUGGUGUUUCUUAAGCUGUUGAGUGCUUCAUCCAGACAGACGUUCACCUACCACUGUCAGAACUCAGCUGCCUGGCUCCAUACCGCCACCUUCAGCCACCAGCAUGCGCUGCGCUUCAGAGGGAGCAGUGGAGAGGAGCUCACGCACCAGGACACACACUACAUCACAGCACUGCACGACGGCUGCCAGUCUGCUUCAGGUCAGGAGAGGACGGUGUUAGAGUUUGAUGCCCCUCAGUCAGACUCUCUCCCCCUCAUCGACGUCUCUGUCUCCGACUUCGGACACAACAACCAGAAGUUUGGCUUCCAACUGGGUCCCGUCUGCUUCAACGGUUAACGGCAGCCCUCCACAGCCGGUAACCGGGAUGAGACGGCCGGUAACAGGGUUGAGAUCCACGGACAUUUACACAGGGGAAACCAGGAGACUGACUGAUGCCGCCAGAGAGAUAUUUAUAUAGCUUUACCCCAGCACUCAUCCAUUCAUACUAACAGACACUCAUCCAUUCAUACUUACAGACACUCAUCCAUUCAUACUAACAGACACUCAUCCAUUCAUACUAACAAACACUCAUCCAUUCAUACUAACAGACACUCAUCCAUUCAGAGAGAUAUUUAUAACACUUUACCCCAGCACUCAUCCAUUCAUACUAACAGACACUCAUCCAUUCAUACUAACAGACACUCAUCCAUUCAUUCAUUCAUACUAACAGACACUCAUCCAUUCAUCCUUUCCUACUAACAGACACUCAUUCACUCAUCCAUUCAUACUUAGACAUUCAUCCAUUCAUCCAUUCAUACUUAGACAUUCAUCCAUUCAUACUAACAGCCUGGUAAUGGGGUUGAGAUCCACAGACAUUUAUACAGGGAAAAUCAAGAGACUUGCUGACGCCAUCAGAGAGAUAUUUAUAACGCUUUACACCAGGACUCAUCCAUUCAUACUAACAGACACUCAUCCAUUUGGCAUUCAUUCAUAAUUACAGACACUCAUUCAUCCAUUCAUACCAGCAGACACUCAUUCACCCAUCCAUUCAUACUUACAGACACUCAUUAAUGAAUUCAUCCAUUCAUUGAUUCAUCUAUUCAUACUUCCAGACACUCAUUAAUGAAUUCAUCCAUUCAUUGAUUCAUCUUUUCAUAAUGACAGACACUCAUCCAUUCAUUCAACCAUUCAUCCAUUCAUUCCAGCAGACACUCAUUCACUCAUUCAUUCAUACCACACACACUCAUUCAUGAAUUCAUCCAUUCAUUGAUUCCUCUGUUCAUACUUACAGACACUCAUCCACUCAUCUAUUCAUUCAUCCAUCUAUUCAAACGUACAGACACUCAUCCAUUCAUUCAACCAUUCAUCCAUUCAUUCUUACAGACACUCAUUAAUUAAGUAAUCCAUUCAUCCAUUCAUACUUACAGACAUUCAUGCAUCCAUUUAUCCAUACUCACAUUAAUUCAUUCAUCCAUUCAUCCAUACCUACAUUCAUCCACACAUUCAUCCAUAUCUACAUUCAUUCAUUCAUUCAUUCAUACACACAGUACAUUGUCCAUUCACACAGUUGAUCACUCAUUCAUUCAUCCAUCAUUCCUGCACUCACUCCUUCCUAUAUUCACUCAUUCAUCCUGAAACCAAAGAAGCACCUCUACAUCUGGGAAACAUUUCCACAACGUGUAACUAACGUUAAUUAGAUGCUGUAUUCCAACCUCAUGUUGUCCUCAUUCUGUGUUGUUGAUGUGUGUGUUUUUAUAUGAACAGUUUUGUGUUGUGUUCUAAUGUAUAUUUGUGUGAUACUCAACCAUGGUGCUACAGUCUUUUACUUGAGUAUGUUUAAUGUCAUGUAUGUCUUCCUUGUCAAAGGGAAAGGGAAGGCAGACAUUUUGUUUUUGUAUUUGUAACAUAAUGAUGAUGAUGAUGAUGAACAACAUUCUUGUCAGGACAUUAGAGGAUUAUGAUGUCACAAUGCCAUUUUAUUCAUACUUGUGGGAAAAUUAAAUAAUGAAUAACUUGUUUUAAUAAAAGUACACAACUGUUCACCCGA